GCUCACAAAAAAUCUGGAUUUCUCUCUCCUCUGCACAAAUUCAUACUGUAAUAUGCAUGUGUGUGUGUCCAUAUUUGACUUAAGCUCUCUCAAGGAUCAAGUUUGGAAAGGGAAAGUUUUACUUAUUUACUAGAAUAUGCUGGUUCUCACUUGUGUACAGUUGGCAAACUUUUCAUUAAUGCUUUUGCAGUUAGUCUAUUAAUGUUCGCAUGAGGUGUCAGUCAGUCCACGUUACAUUAACGACGCUUUAGUGGUUACGCUGGUAGGCGAACCUGAUAACAUCGAGCUGAAUCAAGUGCAUAGAACGGGUGAAACUGCUGAAAGAGCAAACAAAGUGUCAAAUUAGCCCUUGUUCGGGAAAGUCCAACUCGGUGUAAUCAUGGGAAAAACUCUCCUCCGAACUUUGACUUUCAUUCUGCCCGUGGUUUUCUUUCUUGUCAAAGACGGACACGGGAGAGAAAUUGCUAGAUCCGACAAUAACCAAAAUGUGACGGAUGUUGCGGCAUUUCGUCCCGUUCUCACAAAAGAUCGCCUAUAUCAAAUCCGAGUUUAUGACUCAAAGAUGAAGUGUUUUCCCCUAAUUCUGUGCACAUUGACGAAAACGGGAGCUUUCGCUGCUCUGGGAAUCGUGAGCUUGAAUGAUUUGGCAGAUGGGUAUAUUCGUCUUCUGUCUGUCUUCCCUGGUGGGCCAGCGUCGUCAUCGUCAGAUUUGGUGAUGGGGAAUGCUGCUUCUAAUUUCAAGAAUGACUUUGGAGCCUUGAAAUCCUCAUCGCCAGAUGACGAUGAUGAGAACGCAGAGACACAAAAGACCCGAGAUGAUGAAAAUGAAAGUGAGGAACUACUCCUCAGUGAUCCUCUUCUACAUCACAAAGAAAAAUUGGAAAUGAAGAAAUUGAUGGACGAGCUGAUGGCGGAGGAUAGGGCGGAAGCAAUGAGAAAGCCAACAAGUUGGACAAAUACGGCAAUGUCUCUCCCUUUCAAAUUAGGAACUUCUCUCCUUCGAGAAGUUGUGGCACCUUUAUUUGUUGGUGACACUAGCAGACGCGGACGAGAUUUGGAAGAAUAUUUUAAUAUAAAAAAUAAUGAUGGCAGAGAUGGGAAAGCAAUCAAACUUGACAAGAAUCAGGACCUCAUUACCAGUGCCAUGAAACACUGGAACAAACUCAAAAGUCCUCAAGAAUGUGGCAAAAUCUAUAAAUCGUGUCCAUUCGAGGCGUGGGAAGUCGUUAGUAUGAUCAAGUUAAUUAAGGACAGUUCAGUUCGCCAAUGAUAAUUAGAAUUAUUAACUCAUUUAUAUGUACAGCACUGACUAAAUAUGUAUUAAAUAAAUUAUUGAAAUUCUUAAGAA